AUGGCGAAUAAAAGUUUUUUAUUUCCACCUUAUGUUAAUAAAUUUAGUUCACCUAAAAUAACCGAAGCAAAUUGGAAAGCUGCACUUGAGAUUUGGAUUUUGAAUCUUUCUUUGCUUCUAAAGUUAAAUGAUGAAAAAUUUAGUAAAGAAAUGAUACAAAAUGAAUCACUUCAAAAAUUCAUCGAAACUUUUCUUGGGAUUCGUUCAAAAUCCUGUAGACUGGUUUCAGAUCAAGUUGAUAGUUCGGCAAGUCUGGAAUUAGAUAAAAAAGUUUUAUCAGUAUUAUUAAGAUCCUCCGAACCUAAUAUUUAUUAUACUUCAAAUAAGAAGAAGAAUAAACUUUCAUUGGCCGAAGCUUUAUAUCAAGAUAAAAUUUUAUCAAUACCAUUUUUACUUGAUGUGGUCGCGACUUAUGGAAAAUCAAAUUUCAUUCAUAUCAAAAAGUAUUUUGAUAAUAUGAUCAAAUUGGUUCCUAAAUUAUUAGAAGAUUUUGAUUCUUACGCAGAGACAAUUAUCAAUUAUUUUAAAACCAUUCAAGAAAAAUUUCAAGAGAUGACGGAUGGUCAACAACUCGCUAAUAAUACGAUUCAUAUCUAUGUUACAUAUGUUUUGGAUAUUGGAAUUACUUUAGAUU